UUUUCAUCCAAAACCAGUCAUAACGUUGGUUUUUUUUUUUUUUUUUCAAUUUUUUUGUGGCUUUUUCCUUCUUUAUACUGACAAUGAUAUGGAUUGCAAUCUAACCUUUUAACGUAAUCCAUACCUUUCUUGGUUAUAUUCUUUUCUCAAACACUGUCUUUGUUGUUUUAUCCUUCAAAUACUAUUGGCUGUUGAAAGUAAUCGAUUACUUCUUCAUUUUCCUAGUUUUGAAAAUGGAAAUUCUGAAGCUUGACUGUUUUAGAUAUUCAAAUUCAAAUAUCUCCUUAUAUGAUGCUUUCAGGGAUAUUGACAGGAUUUGAAGCAUCUGAAAAAAUCGGGUUUAUGAUCAGAAAAUGACUGUAUAUUGGUGAGGAUCAUAGUGGAUUAGAAUCUCGCAGUGAAUGAAUCUGUUCCUUUUAGAAAGAAAUAGCUCAAAUAGCUGGUGGAGCUUGAUGGGUCGUUUUUGUCUCCUAGAACGAUUUUUCAUACAGACCUUCCUAGAUGGUGUUGUCGAUGGUGUAGUCUUCACUCUUCGCAAAGAGAAGACGGCAAAACAUAGUAUUUGAACUUUACUGCCUAACGUCAAAAACAGGAGGAUUACAUGGAUUCGUAUUCUCUUUAAAAUGGAAAUUUGAACGCGGUGGAGUUUGGAGACUGAAUUCUAUUUUUGUUGGCAAAAAUUUGGUUACUGUUCUUUGAUGGGGCUGAGAGUGAGAUGGGCAUUUUUAUGUUGUCAAGACCCAAGUCAAUAUUCUGUGGAACGACAGACAUUUCAAUUUGAGUCAAUCUAUUCCUGGAAGAUUUCCAACCAUCAGGAACUAUGUUAGGGAAUUUCCCUGGCAGGAAUAUGCAGUAAUAGUGGAUACCUACUGCCACGCAAGUAGUUUGCAUAUUCUAGGGUAAAGUAGAUAUGGAUGCUGUGCAGGUGGUUUCUAGUGCCACACAAAUAGUUUCAAGUAUGGUAAGUGCUGUUGCUGCAUUAAAUGAAGCGUCUAGGAAUCUUGAUGAAGCUCCUAAGAGAAUUCAGAACCUGGAGGACUUUGUGUGUCAACUUGAGAAUUUGAGUCACAGAGUUAAGCAAAAACAUGUCCACAAACUUCAUAAUCCUCGUUUGGAUCAUCAAAUUCAAAGUUUGAAUUCCCUUAUACAACGGCUGCGUCCAAAAAUUAGCAAGGCUAGGAGGAGUUUGUCAGGGAAUAAGUUUAAGAACUGGGCUAAAGUUGUAAGGAAUUCUUUAUCUGGGGACCCACUUGCAAAACUAGGCGUUUCAAUUCAGAAUGACUUAAACCAGUGGCUUGAAAUUCAGAAUUCGACCAUGAUUGUUGAGAAAGCAAUAGAAUCCACAGCUCAAGAUGUUCCACUUCGAUUGAAAAUAAAGACUGAACAUGGCUUCCCAAUCUCUAGCAAGGGUAGCUUUGUUCAGAAGUUAUUGGAACAGGAGGAUUCUCAUAGAGUCAUUUUGAUUGUUGGCUUAUCCGGUAUGGGGAAAUCAUCUUUGGCUCGUCAGGUGGCUUCAGAUCCUCCUGCAAGGUUUGUGGGUGGAGCUGUUGAACUCAGAUUUGGCCAGUGGUGCAGUAGGCCUGCUUGCAAUGGAAAUAAGGCAGAAUACCAAAAGCGGCUGGCAGGAAAAAUUUGUAAAUUUCUAGUGAUGAUUGGAUUUUGGAAGAAGAUUAAGGAUGAACACAAUGGAGGUCUUGAGUAUGUCUGUGUCGUGCUUCAAGAAGCCUUAUAUGGAAAGAGCAUUCUGAUCGUUCUUGAUGAUGUGUGGGAGCAGGACAUAGUAGAGCGCUUUACAAAACUCUAUGAUAACGAUUGCAAGUAUAUUGUAACAACCAGAAAUGAAGCUGUCUAUGAAAUAACAGAAGCUGAGAAGGUAGAGUUAAGUAAAGAUGACAUACGGGAGAUUAGCAAGGCAGUUCUUCUCCACCAUAGCCUCCUUUCUGAAGAAGAGCUACCGGAUGUAGCAGAUGGCUUGCUUGAACGUUGUGGUCACCAUCCCCUGACAGUUGCUGUUAUGGGUAAAGCUCUCAGGAAAGAAACAAGAGGUGAGAAAUGGGAACAGGCCAUCACAAACUUAUCCACCUAUGCCACAUGUGCAGAAGGCCCUGUAUCAUAUGUGAAUGAAAAGGAAGCUGAGAAUAAGCUAACAAUUUUUGGGUCAUUUGAAUUCAGUCUGGAUGCUAUGCCUGAAGACUCUAGAAAGCUCUUCAUAGCUCUAGCUGCUCUUUCAUGGGAAGAACCUGUACCAGAGGCUUGUGUGGAGGGAAUCUGGUCAGUUCUUGGGCAGGAGAGCUUGUUCUCUUUAGUUGAACGCAAGCUUGUUGAAGGCUCUUUGCUGAUGAAGAUGGAGACAGAACCCUUGUACUUGGUACAUGACAUGGUUUCUUUGUACCUUGGUAGCAAGCUAAAAGAUUCAAUUGAGAUAAUACUCAAUCAAUCUACAUUAGAAGGAACUGCAGGCAUCUGUCCAUGGCUUCUAAUAUUUGGGAAAGAGAACGUAAAAACUCUGUCUGAGCAGAAAAUAGUUCAUUUUCUCAGUGCUGAAGCGAAGCUGGCUGUUAUCACCUUAAAAUCAAUUAUCCAGGUUAUGAUGGCUAGCAAAUCCAUUUCUGAACUUGAAGCCAGCAGAGCAAGCUUUAGUGGCAUUUUGGGACCUCGAAUUUCAGAUUUGAUCUCAACUAAGUCAGAGAGUGUAAUAGCAGCAUCUGCAGAAGCCAUCACCAAUAUAUUCAGCAAUAGUGAUUAUAGCAAUUAUUUUCCACCCCUCGAAGCUACUGACAUUGUCAGCACGAUGGCAAGCAUCUUAGAAAAUUGUGAGGACCCCACGAUCCAAACUAGCAUUUCGAUUGUUCUAGCAAAGCUUGCAGAAUUUGGAAGCACAGAGACAGUCAAUAAGGUGCUUGAAGCAAUUCCAUUUAAUCGAAUGGCUGAUUUGCUAACCCCAAAUGCUGAGGAAUGGCACGAGAGCAUGUUUACAAUAUUAAUGUCAUUGACCAAAGCUGGGAAAUCAAAAGCUGUUGAAAAAAUGUUUGCUUCUGAGAUUGACAAGCAUCUCGUUAAACUUCUUGCUAAUGGAUCUGAUGUAGCACAAAACCAUGCAAUUGUCACUUUGAAGACAUUUUAUGAGUUGGGUGGCCGUCCUGAAAAUGGAUCUCUUAGACUCACAAAUCUGGAUCUCUUGCCAUGGCAAGCUAGACUCCGUUUGGAAAGAUAUCUCAAGUCAGAUGGAAAUGUUCCCUUUUCACCAGUGCCACAAAUUCUUGAAGAUCUUAUCCACAAGUUAGUUGACAGUGACAAGAAGAAAAUGUCAGAGGCAGCACAAGAUCUCAUACCAAUUGUUGAGCAAGCAGGAGAGCCAAUAAUCAGAGACAAGAUUCUUAAGAGCCCCCUCAUCAAAAGAUUAUCUGAACUACUGCAAUAUGAACACUCAGAAAAAAACUCAAUGAAAUCUCAAUCUGCAUUUUUAUUGAUGAAGCUGGCUUGCUCUGGUGGAGAACCAUGCAUUAGGAAGUUCCUAGAGUAUGAUAUAGUCCCCGAGCUAGUUAAGAUGAUGCACUGUUCCAUUGCAGAGAUGCAAGACACAGCCUAUACAGCACUACACCAGAUGCUCUUUGGCAAUGGUGGAGUUCUCAUUUUGAACCAAAUUCUUCAAAUGCAUCUUGUAGAGAGGAUGGCUCAAUCACUGGAAGGCAGAUCAGUCAAGACUAGGGAAGUGAACAUGAACUGUCUUUUAGAUAUUGUUGAGCUGGGAAACAAAGCCUGCUUGGAGCAUAUAUUUUCGUUACAAGUAGUGGAGAAGCUUGUAAAAAUGGAGAAAUCUACUGGAGGGACUGGUGAAAUUUUGGUUAAAUUUCUCCGGGGAAUGGAUAAAUGUAAGAAUCUUUCAGUGGCAGAGCGUAGGGUAAUGAAGCAACAAGCUAUUAGGAAGGUAAAGAGCGGCAUGAGAGGUCAUAAAUUCGAGUCAAAGGUUGUGGGAGCUGUAGAUGCUUGUGUAUCAGAGGGUUCCAAAGGUGGCAGUAGUAGUUCUGGUAAACACAGAAAGUAGUAGCAAUGAUUGUGUUCUUGUUGCGUGAUAAUUUAUAUUUUCUUCUCUCAUAAUGAAUAAAUUCAAUUCUUUUAACAA